GAAAAAGUAGACAGGCGGAAGAAGUCAGAUAUAUGGUGCAAUCGGCAAACUUUAAGAUGCAGAUGACCAACAGGUUCUUGAUGGCGGCGCCGGCGGCGACGACGAGGACAAAGUAUACUUUGGGAGAAGGUACAGUACUCACUAGGUGUGGCUCGCAUCCAGUUUGAAUAUGGCGCACAUGUGUGUUUACGGUUGUGACGAGCGAAUGUGCUAAACAACUUGGGAAUGACCGGAUUGGGAGGGGAUCCGAGUCAUGGGACGGAUGGAUGGGUUGUAGGAGGGAAACUGGGGUUUGGGGGAGGAAACGAUGUGGAAGUGGGAUCGUGUGGAUAAGAGGAAGGGAAGGUGCAGUUGGAAGCCGGGCGGGGUGGAUGAACGGAAAGAAAUGGCAAGGAGGGGAGAGAGGAAGGGACGAGAGAAUGGAUGGAUGGAUGCACGGGCAGCUGCCGGUUCAGUUGUAGUGUGGGUGGAAUUGAGGAGGAGGCAGGAGGAGAGAAAUGUGGAUGGGAAAGGGAAUUGUGCGGCAGAAGAAAAGGUGUCGAGGCAAGGCAAGGUAUUGCGAGGCGAGGCAAGGCGAGAGCAAAUGACCCCAAUGCAACAAACAAAGUGUGGGAAAGGGAAAGCAGGCAUGCACGGGAAGGAGCGAUGGGGUCGAAAGAGGCAGCUGCAACGGCAAGCAAUAGCAAUAGUUGGACGGGAUAUCAGCUUCAGGCAGAGAGAGAGGACGGAGAGGAAGGGAAGAGCAGAGCAGAGCAGAAGCAGCAGUGUCGACGGGGGCGGAGGUUCGACGGGUCCUGCCCAGGUACCUGGGGCUCUGAGGAAGUAACGACACCGUCCACGGGGCAGGUGCAAGGGCGAGCAAGGGCGGAACGGAAGGGACAGUUCACGUCUGUCGGUGC